AUGGAAUCUCGCCCAGCAUCCCCGCGCUCGUUUGCUACCUCUUAUGUCUCCAACCCCCGCUUCCAUCGCUCCUUCACCAUCGAGCCAACUCCUACCCAUGGUCCUCUCAAUGUGACUUACGCCGACUACGGCCGCGAGCCCGAUGAGAGCGGAACUACUCCGACACUACUCUUAAUGCCGGGCAUGUUUUCAUCCCGGUACAUCGGAAUCUGUCUACACGCGAUUGCCGAGAAAUGGGGAGUGCGGGUUUUGGUUGUUGAUCGUCCUGGGAUGGGGAAUUCCACCGACGUGCCGCUAGCGCAGCGAGUUUGCACCUGGAUUGAGACUGUCCCACGGCUUUUGGCCCAUUUAGACAUCCAGCAUGUUUCGUUGGCGUCGCAUAGUGCUGGCACUAUUUAUCUGUUUAAUACCCUAUAUUACUGCCGGGAUAUCCUGUAUCCCGAGAAACCGAUGGUCACCCUUCUUGCGCCAUGGGUCGACCCCGCUAAAUCAGGCAUUACAUCCAUGAAAAUGGCCCAAUAUAUCCCUACCCCAGCCUUUAAGCUCUGGAAUCGUAUCCCACCUCUCUUCCUCGCCAAUGAGGGGUCUGCAACAGCGGCGAGUGGAGCAAUGAUCGCUAAUCUCUCUGCCUCCUUUCCCUCAAAGAGCGGUGAUGACCAGGCAAAGAAUCGUCUCUACAUUACCCAGAACUACGGACUAGACCUAGACCAACAGAAGGAGAUAGACUCUUCGAUGAUGCAAUGUAUGUUUAAGGAGAACACAGUCGGCUCUAAUAGCGAGGCGUUGCAGUGUCUACGGAAGGAGCCUGGCACGUGGGGCAAAUGUGAAGAUUAUGAGGUAUUUGUGCGUGAGUUGCUAGAGCUUGAAAGAGGGAGAGGUGGAGCGCUACUGAAAGUUCAGGCGUUCUUCGCUGAGUCCGAUAGCAUGAUUGGCAAGAAGGGUCAAGCUUAUGUAGAGAGAUGCUGGCAUCAAAUGGAUGAUGGGGACUUGAGGGGUGUGGUUCAAUUUGAUUCGAGCGUCGUGUCUGGCACUGACCAUGACAGCUUGGUCCCAUCUGCGGAAGUAUGGGAAAGGACUUUCAAGAAAAUGCAAAGAGAAGACGAUAGCUAA